AUGCUGAGGCAGUGGUCAGUGCAGUCCGGCCAGGCCCUCGUGGAGCCAGAACCUGAGCCAGGGGCCGAGGAGCUAUGGGAGCAGGAGAUGGAGCGGCUGUGGUCCUCCCAGGCCCUGGUGCGGGAGCUGCCCUAUGCCAUGGUGGACAAGCGCCUCAUCCGGCAGCUGCGGGAGCCCGAGGGGGUGAAGACCUCUUGCUGGCAGCGAUGGCGGAGCAGGCGGCAGACUGCGGGACGGCGCCUCGGGGAGGCGGCGCAGCGGCUGGCCCGGGGCUUUGGGCUCUGGGAAGGGGCUCUCUACGAGAUAGGGGGCCUCUUUGGCACCGGAAUCCAGGCCUACUUCACCUUCCUUCGCUUCCUGCUGCUGCUCAACCUUCUGACCCUGCUUCUCACUGCCGGCUUCGUCCUGCUGCCCCUGGUCUGGCUCCGCCCCCCCGACACAGGCCCCUCCCUUAACUUCACCCUCCAGUGCCCUGGUAGCCUCCAGCCCCAGACUGGUGUUCCCAGAUUCCACAAUCAACUUUGGAAUGUUUUAACCGGCAGGGCCUUCACCAACACCUACCUCUUCUAUGGCGCCUACCGGGCGGGGCCCGAGAGCAGCUCGGCGUACAGCAUCCGCCUGGCCUACCUCCUGAGCCCCCUGGCCUGCCUGCUGCUCUGCUUCUCUGGGAUUCUGCAGCGGAUGGUGAAGGGGCUGCCACAGAGGCUGUUUCUGGGCCAAGACUACAAGUCGCCCGUCAGUGUCAAAGUGUUCUCCUCCUGGGACUUCUGUAUCCGGGGACAGGAAGCAGCCACCAUCAAGCAGCAUGAGAUCAGCAACGAGUUCAAGGUGGAGCUGGAGGAAAGGCGUCGGCUGCUGCUGGUGCAGCAGGAGACCCGGACCCAGAGGGCCUGCCACCUGCUCACCUACCUGCGGGUCAAUGUCCUCAUCGGGCUCCUGGUGGCUGGAGCCAUCAGUGCCAUCUUCUGGGCCACCAAGUACUCGCAGGACAACAAAGAGGAGUCCCUGUUUGUGCUGCUCCAGUACCUGCCCCCUGGGGUCAUCGCCCUGGUCAACUUUCUGGGGCCCCUGCUCUUUGUUUUCCUCAUCCAGCUGGAGAACUACCCUCCCAACACGGAGGUCAACCUCGCCCUCAUCUGGUGCGUCGUGCUGAAGCUGGCCAGCCUGGGAAUGUUCUCCUUCUCUCUGGGCCAGACCGUGCUGUGCCUUGGCACGAACAAGACCAGCUGUGUGUCCUACGGCUACAACGCCUGUGAUUACCAGUGCUGGGAGAACGCGGUCGGGGAAGAGCUGUACAAGCUGAGCAUCUUCAACUUCCUUCUCACGGUGGCCUUUGCCUUCUUUGUCAGCCUGCCUAGGAGGCUGCUGGUGGAGCGGUUCUCGGGCCCGUUCUGGGCCUGGCUGGACCGGGAAGAAUUCCUGGUGCCCAAGAAUGUCCUGGACAUUGUGGCGGGGCAGACCAUCACCUGGAUGGGCCUCUUCUACUGCCCCCUGCUGCCCCUGCUCAACAGCGUCUUCAUCUUCCUCACCUUCUACAUCAAGAAGUACACCCUCAUGAGGAACUCCAAGGCCUCUCCUCGGCGAUUCCGCGCCUCCAGCUCCACCUUCUUCUUCCAGCUGGUGCUCAUCCUGGGCCUGCUCCUGGCCGUCAUGCCCCUGGGCUAUGUGGUCAGCAGCAUCCGCUCCUCCUGGGACUGUGGCCUCUUCACCAACUACUCGGCCCCCUGGCAGGUGGUCCCAGAGCUGGUGGCCCUCCGGCUCCCGCCCCCUGGCCAGCGCGUCCUCCACUACCUCGGCUCCCACGCCUUCAGCUUCCCCUUCCUCAUCCUGCUCAGCCUUGUCCUGACGGUUUGCGUCUCCCAGUCCCAGGCCAAUGCGAGGGCCAUCCAGGCGCUCCGGAAGCAGCUGGUGUGGCAAGUCCAGGAGAAGUGGCACCUGGUGGAGGACCUGUCGCGGCUGCUACCGGAGCCGGGCUCCGGCGGUUCUGUGGGGCCCGAGUCCCCUCACUCCAGAGCUUCGCGCCCGCGGUCCUUCUGCCCUGGAUUCCCGUGCCCCGGCUCCCCGGGCCCCGGGGUCCCCAGGCCGGGACCUUGUCUCGAGGAUCCCGCCAGGCCAGGCGGUGCCCCGGUCCCCGCCCCUAGAUUCCGCUUCCCCAGCGGCUCAGAGCUGUAGCACCCACCCCGGCUUCCUCCCGGAGCCUCCCCAGGGCCCGAUCUACCUCCCCCUCACCAGAGUGCCCCGGGCCCCAAGCUCCUGCCCCCUGGUGACCGUCGCUCUCAGUGGGCCCUCCAGCAGGACGGGGUAGAGCCCAGGGGCAGCAGGAAGAAAAUAUGGGAAGUUGUAUUUAUAUUUUUACCUCAGUCCUGUAAAGUUUCUGU